UGAAAGUUCUGAAACUCUAAAAUAAAAAUACAUUAAACUUGUAUUUAAUGUAUAAAUUUCAGAAAUUCUGCAAAAAGUGGUAUGAUAACACAAGAGUACAUGCAAAUAUUUUUAAUAUAAAUUAUUUAACGACAGUUACAAAUGAAGUUUCUAAUGAAGAUAAACACCAACAAAGCUUGGAAUAUUUUUAACUUUAUUAUUUAUUUCAUAAAUUACUUAUAAUGCAGAUAAAUUUUUAACUUUUAAGCCUGCCUUAAAAUGACUGAAAAUUUGAGGGACUCACUAUUGUCUAGCAUUUUUGAAUCACCAACGUAUACGAUGGAAGAUGUCUACGAAACAUUCGAAGCUUCAGCGCCUGCUAUGCCAAUGACAAACAGUUUUGAUGCAUCUUCGUCCCACUUACUCUCACGUACUGAUAAUUAUAUUUCUGCCUCUAUGUCUGGUUUGCAGAUGUCUGCUGAUUUUAUAAGUUCUGAAUCAUUUAUUGUUGAUCAGUGUAGAAGUCCUACAAAUGAAUUGCAGACUGAUGACAUGCUCGACCCUUCUGGAUUUAUGACGGCUGAGAACAAUGAUGCAGCCUUAUUACAUAUGCAUGCUAAUAACAAUUAUGAUGACUUAUUGUCCAACUUGAUAAUAAUGGAUAACUCUGACUCGUCUUCAUUUUUUGUAUUACCUGAUGAUGCUUUUAACGCGUCACCAUCUGAUGUCGCAGUUUCCAACAAAUUUUUAAACAACUUUGAUGUAUCUGCAUCUGAGAAAAUGAUGGUUGAUAAUUGUAACAUACCUACAUCACUGAUUGACGAUAGCAUAGAUGCCUCACCACCCAGCUUACAGAUGCCUGCAAAUGCUAAUUGCCCUUCAACUAAUUUAAUAAACUCUGGAACUGACAAAUCUGAUAACUCUACAGUAGACUCACAAAAAGUAAAUAAUUCGAAUUUGCAAAGGGUGGAUACGUCGAAUUUGCAGAAAAAUUACGAUGUUAAUAGUUUGGUUGUCACAGAAUCUGCUUUGCAAAAAGAUACUAACCUUGAUGACAUAAACACUCACUCAAUUGAUGAUGAAUCGAAAGCAUCUACUCCUGGUUCAAAUUCCAAUUGCAAGUCUAAUAGAUCUCCGCUCCAAUCAGGUAGUUCAGAUACAGAAUCAGAUGAUGAUACGUCGUCAACAUCAUCAAUUGACACUAUAAGACCUACCGUAGCUACUCCGUCUAACAAUGGACUGUAUAUGGCAAAUAUCAACAAUGCCUUCCAAUCAGAUGUGAAAAAAAACAAUACAUGUGAUUUAUCUACGCCUGACUUGCGUAACGACAACAAUUGUAGUGCUUUUAAUACUUGCGCUCCUGAUUCCCUCACUUCUGAUUUAAUGAAAAUAAAGGAAAUAAAUGCAAAGAUUUGUAAUAAUAUUGAUGGAUUGAAAAAGAAAAAUUCUUUAAAUUUAAAUGAUUUGGAACUUGGUUUUUCAAGCACUACUUCUGGUUUACAAAAAGCUUCUGAUUCACCAAAAACAAAUAAAUUUGAAGAAGAUUGUCCUCCUGAAGAGUCAAUAUUUGACAAAAAACUUUCACAGCUGUUUGAUAUCUCUACUUCAUUGGAUGGUUUACAUGUAAACCUAAAUGACAUUUUUAAAUCCUCUACACUUUACAAGGAUAUCUUAGAUCCCAGUAAAUAUAUGGGCUCCACUUCUGCUCCGCAGAAAUCAAAUAAUUUUAAUAUUAAUACUGAUAUUGCAUCAGCCGCACCGAUAGUUAAUAACCUCAAUUUAUCUGCAAAUGGAGUGCCUAGUUCAGAUUCUCUUGAGCAUCCAAAAAAUAAAAUAAUCAAAAACAUAAUACAUGCGCAUAAAGUUAAUCCAAAAGAUCUUCCAACUAUUAGUUUGAAUAGACGAAAUAUAAUACCCAAUUGUAAACUAUGCAUGCUAACUAGGGUAUUGCCACAAAGAGGAUGCACUAAAAAUUUCAAGAUGUUUACAAAUUAUUGUGGUGGCUCAAGACAUUACCGAAGAACAAGCUUCGUUUUUAUACCGGAGAAUGAAAUCCCUUUUACUGGUCCAAUAAUUCACGUGUGCGUGAAAAAGGUACCCAAAACCAUGUUUAUGGAUAUGUCCUUUUAUAUACCAAAACACUUGUCUAGAGUUGGGUUAAAAGGAAUUAUGACUUAUGAAAAUGCAAUUAUAUCAAUAUCUGUGCCAAGUCACAUGCCACCUUAUAGACCGUGUUCUAUACCAUGUUCAAACAAGGAUGUUUCUAUAACUAUUACCUUGGCUAAUAGUCCAACCAUUUCUACAGAAAUUCGUCUUGGACGUAAAUUCAAACGGAAGAAAAAUAAGUAUAUUUCAGAGGAAGACGUGUUCGCAGAGAUUUUACAAAAUGUACUAGAGGAAGAAGAAGAGUCCAUAUGUAUAAUGCCUAAGAUUAAUAUAAUACCAUGCAGGCCGGAAUCCUAUAAAAACAAAAGAAAAUUUCACAAACCGAAAGUAGAAAACAAUAAAACUAUUAGUGAUGAAAAGAGUGCAAAUAAUUUAGAGAAUGGAAACGAAACCAUUACAAUUGAUGAAGAAAAUUUAGUAUCAAAUUCAUCAACUCUGAAGAAAAAUAUAAGUAAAACUGUUAAGAACCAAACUGAUAACAUUGCUAAACCCAUUUCAACUAAUGAAGAUAAUAUAAAGAUACAUGAAAAUAAUAAAUUUUAUUACGACAGUGAUGCAGAUGAAACCAAUGACUUUAUCGAAGUACCACCAGCCGAUCCUAAAUCAAGGCCAGAAAACGAUUUAUUAUGUAAGAGGUGUGACAUAACUUUCAGAACUCCACUUAAGAAAAAAAAACACGAUUGCAACAGUUUUUAUCUGCGCUACUGCAGAACUUGCAAAAAGUCAUAUCCAUCAGUAGCAUUUCUGAAGCUACACUUGGAGAAUCAACACAACGAUGCUAAGCACAACUGCACUCGUUGCUCCAGAAAGUAUCUCUGCGCUGCUAAACUAGAUGUGCACCUUUAUUCGCACAGCGUGGUCGACAAAAUUAUAAAGAAUAAUCCCAAUUGGCGUACCAUUAUAAAUAAUGCUGGUAUUGACAAAAUAGUUCUGGACUCUACAAGAGAGAGGAAGCAACUUAGAAUACGAAUCAAGGAAGCAGAAAACAAGAGAAAUCAAGUGAAGGGAGAUGUAGUGAACGACAUAAAUGCAAAGCCAGAAAAGAAAAACACCAAAGUUCCUGCUUUGGAUUGCAAAAAGAAACGGAUCAUUAGUGAAAAUGUUUCAAAUGGAAUUUCUCAUAAAAAAGAUUCCAAACCUAAUAACCAUAAAAAAAUUCGUGGAAAUAGUUAUUUUGAAGCCAUCGAUGACGAAAUAAGCACCGAUGAUUCUUUUGAAGAAUAUUUAUAA